ACAGCCACGCGGAGCACACGUUCAAACACUACGGCACCCAAAAUGCUGAGCGAGGCCAUACGUCAACCGAAAUCACAAUCGUAUCUUCCAACAUGGCGUCGCUGGGAAGGAGGCGCGGUGUCCCAGUAAGCAGGGAGAGGGGAGUAAUGGCCGCGUCCGACUGCUACAUCGUGCACGAGAUCUACAACGGGGAGAACGCGCAGGACCAGUUCGAGUACGAGCUGGAGCAGGCUCUGGAGGCCCAGUACAAGUACAUCGUCAUCGAGCCCACGCGGAUCGGCGACGAGACGGCCCGCUGGAUCACGGUGGGGAACUGCCUGCACAAGACGGCCGUGCUGUCGGGCGCCGCCUGCCUCCUGACGCCGCUCUCGCUGCCCGUGGAGUACUCGCGCUACGUGGCGCUGCCCGCCGGCGCCCUCAGCGUGGCCUGCGCCGCGCUCUACGGCAUCUCGUGGCAGUUCGACCCCUGCUGCAAGUACCAGGUGGAAUACGACAGCCAAAAACUCUCGCGGCUGCCCCUGCACACACUGACCUCGUCGACGCCCGUGGUUCUGGUGCGCCGGGACGACGUCCACAGAAAGAGACUCCAUAACACGAUAGCGCUGGCUGCUCUGGCGUAUUGCGUCAAGAAGAUCUAUGAACUCUACGCGGUAUGAUCGCGCCCCUGAAGAGAAAUUAACAACCAUGAAAACAGGAAGAAGAAGAAAAAAAUAUCUACCAUUAAAAACAGAACCUGCCCACCUCCCCUCCUCCGGAUGUAAGACAGGUGGAAAAGCUCCACAUGUGUGGUGGGCACUCACCUAAACUCUGAUCAGAGGGAUAUAGUUAAAGCUAGAGAGAAGUUCUUUUUUUUCCCCCGUAUGUUUCCUUUACUCCUAAGUGACGACUACAGCACAUAGUACCUUUGUGCCACCUCCCCCCCCCCCCCCCGGUCCUCUCCGCCUCCAUCCCCGAUACGCAACCAGCGGGCUAGAGCAAAAGGGAAACGGCUGCAGUUCCUCCGGACUGAAAUGGCUUCGGGUUUGAAAUGGGACGAUGUGUUUUAUGUACCCGGCUCGUUUUCUUCCUCGUUUUGCUGUACCCCCCUCCCCCUUUGUCGCUGAUCAUUGCACCACAGUUUCAUUAAACAUUAGGAUAUUUCAAACGUA